AUGGCGAUGUCAUUAGCCAGUAAAAAAGUUUCCUUGACAGUGAAAGCGCAGAAAAUGUCGACAGCGACUGUCAAUGGACGAUCUCGGGAAGAAAAGCAUAUUCUAAAAAAUGCCCAUGGCACUGUUAUGGUCAUCGGCUGGAUGAUUUUCGCUUCUACAGGUAUAUUAUUUGCACGUUAUGGACGUUCGUUACAUAUUGGCAAUAAGCAAAAAUUUCUCGGCGAAUCAAUUUGGUUUCAAGGUCACCGCUUUAUUCUGUUUUUGGCGACCCUGGCUACACUGCUUGGCUUUUUACUUAUUUUAGCUGAAGUUAACGGCGAAUGGAUAAAACUCAGAGAAGGACUCACCUUUGUGCAUUCGGUGCUUGGUGGUAUUAUUGUAUGCUGUGCGCUAUUGCAAGUAUCCAUGGCACUAUUUCGCUGCCAUCCAGAUAGUCCAUUUCGUUUUGUCUAUAACUGGUGUCAUCGAGCAACUGGAUUUUUGGCAUUUUUACUCUCUGUCCCCACUAUCUUUAUUAUAAUAGUGAAAUGGAAAGCCAACCGUGCCGGCCUGAUAGUUAUUAUGUCACUGUGGUCAGCUUGGGUCUUAAUAAUUGUUGUUCUAUUAGAAAUCGUUCGAUUAUACUUUUCAAGAAUGUCACCAAUUGCUUACUCUAAAGAGACUAGAGAAUAUGAAUUGACCAAUUCAAAUUUACCACCAACUCUGAUGUUACAACAAACUGAAGAAACUCAUAAUAGACUUCCCAACAAUAUAAUACUCAUGUUGUUUUUUGUGCAUAUGAUUGUCGCUAUUGCUUUAUCCAUUCCGCUUAUUGUUCUUAUUUGGAAUUAG